AUGAGAUGGAUGGAGCCAAAGACCAACCAGCUCCCACAUCCCAUCAUGUCCAACGGCAGCAAGUCCCCCCCACAGUCGGGAGAAGCUGCAAGCUCUAACUCCAUGGCAUGGGUGAAGAUGUUUAAGAAGCCCGGAGGAGGAGGAGGCCUGAAGAAGUCCUACCAGCCUGGCAGCAUGUUGUCUCUGGCGCUCACCAAAGGUCUCUUGAACGAGCCCGGGCAGAACAGCUGCUUCUUGAACAGUGCUGUUCAGGUGCUUUGGCAGCUGGACAUUUUCAGGAGAAGUCUCAGGCACCUUUCAGGCCACUUUUGUCUAGGCGAUUCCUGCAUUUUCUGUGCAUUGAAGAACAUAUUCAGCCAGUUCCAACAGAGCCGGGAGCGCGUGCUGCCCUCAGAUAGCCUGCGUAACGCGCUUGCUGAAACUUUCAAAGAUGAGCAACGCUUCCAGCUCGGACUUAUGGACGACGCUGCCGAGUGCUUUGAGAAUAUCCUGGAACGCAUUCAUCUGCACAUUGUCUCAGACACGGCCAACGAUUCUUGCUGCUCAAAAUCCUGCAUCACUCAUCAGAAAUUUGCCAUGAUGCUUUACGAGCAGUUUGUGUGUCGCUGCUGUGGCGCGUCAUCAGACCCCCACCCUUUCACAGAGUUGGUACACUAUGUCUCAACCACUGCUCUAUGCCAACAGGUGGACCGUACAAUGGCGAGGACUGAGCGUCUCAGGUCGGACAUGUUUGGAGAAUUGCUGCAGGCGGCAAACAACACAGGCGACCUGCGCAACUGCCCUCGAGACUGCGGCCAAAGCAUCAAGAUCCGUCGAGUGCUGAUGAACUGUCCUGAGAUUGUGACCAUCGGAUUUGUUUGGGAUGCAGAGCAAUCUGAUCUGACGGAUGAUGUCAUCCGGUCACUUGGCCCCCGCUUGAAUUUAUGUGGACUUUUCAACCGUGUCACUGAUGAAAAUGCCAAACAGAGCGAGCUCCACCUGGUGGGAAUGAUUUGUUUCUCCAGCAAACACUAUUCGGCCUUUGCUUAUCACACCAAAUCUUCCAAAUGGAUGUUUUUUGAUGACGCCACUGUAAAGGAGAUUGGCUCCAAAUGGAAAGACGUGACUACCAAAUGUGUCAGGGGACAUUUUCAACCACUUCUUCUGUUUUAUACUAAUCCUGAGGGGACGCCAGUGUCUAACGAGGAUGCGCCACGGCAGACCACUAUGUGUCCCCGAUAUAAAGGCCAAGUCAACGGCGAAGUGACAGUGAAACAUCCCCUCGGCAGUCCAAACAGAUUCCAGGAAGCUUUUAUGGAUAAUUUUCAGAGGGUCAGUGAAACCACAAAAAAGGACAGAGGGCAUACAAGAAUAGACGGCUCCCAACUCAAAGACAUGACCCACACAAGAUCCACAUCUCCUCCUGAGAACGGACCGAGGGAGCAAAAAUGUAAAAGUUAUCCCCGCAAUGAGAAGUCAGCGACUCAUUCGAGCAGAGCAUCUCAGGAAGCACGUGGGCAAUUCCGACCCACGCAAGCUAGCGGGUACAGUAGGAAGAACCAUCUAUCGCCCAGUCGUUCCGAUCAGGACGGCUCCCAGGAUCAAUGGGAAAACAGCGGGAACGGAGGAAGCCGAAACAAAUUCAAAUCCACCUGGAGACCAGUUCGUGAGGUGCUAAACGUGGACACUGUACUCAAUGAACUUGAGCAGCGUCGUCAGCAGCAACACGACAGCCCUCGACGAUCCAAGACCGAACGGGCGCAGGCCGAGCAAAGUCAUGAACGUGAGCACGCAAGAAGCAGGGAGGAUCGCAAGCAGAAAUGUUUGAUGACCAUUUACGAAGAUGAGCAGCGUCACGAGACGGAGAGCCACAGCUCGGUGGAAUCGGAUAGCAGGGCCACCCAGCAGAGGGGCUGCAGGCUGACGGGCGGUGCCAAAACGUUGCUAAGGAGUGACACCUGGACCAUCCAGAGGACUGAGUCGGGAUACGAGAGCAGUGACCGGCUCAGCAGCGGCUCCACAAAUCCUGACUCGCCAGGGGUCGACGGAUUUGCCAUCAAAGAGCAGAGGUCUUCAACGGAAACCCAGUUCCAAAACCAGCUGCACCCAAAACCAGGCGAUGCAAAAUCAAGUGUAGCGUCCUCACCGUCACACAAUGGUAAACAUCAGGCAAAACCUCAGGGAAAGAACCAUGACCAGGUUUCACAUUCACAUCUUAAAUGCAGUCCAGGUUCAAGGCGCAAAUGCAAGUACACGUCCAAUACUUGCAGAAAGACUUGCGAGCGGGAGUGCGUGGCUGCAGAUAACAGGCAGAGCGAGCAGCAGGAGCUGACAAGCGGUCGAGGCCACACGGGGGAGUGCGCGGCCUCCAGGCACGUCACCAAGACCAGCAGCUCAGAGUGGAACAGCUCAGAUGACCUCGCCCUCUCAGAGCCCGAGGACAGAGACGCUUACCGAUCCGGCGAUGCUGCCAUCCCCGGGCCGCAGUGUCCUCGCGUCCCCCUGGCGUACCGCCAACCGUCUGGCAACGCUGCAGCGGAAUCUCAGCGCCAGCUGGGCACGCCGGGCACGGGUUCGCCUCACCUCCGACCCGGCCAGCGGCUCACCCCUCAUCAAGGCGAAAGCAGUGAUAACCUGUUCCGCCCCAGGACACUUCAAGAGCCCUUCCAGGUCAGCCCGCGCCACCGGAAGCCCGACAUCUCCGGCCUGCGGACCUUCUCGGAUGCCAGUUCCAAGUCUGGUUCGGACCCGGAGAGGAGCACGCCAUCGUCGUGCGAGAGCGAUGACAAGCUGGGGGCGGAGUGCGGCGCGGAACAGGCUCUCACAACUCAGGAGGUUUCUCUCACCACGUAUUUCAACGUGGACAACUGCAUGACGGAAACGUACCGCCUCAAGUACCACAAUCAGAGGCCUCUGUUGCUGUCGGCCACUGUGCCCCGAGCCACGGGCCUACCUGAGCGCAGGGAACCCCUGCACACGCUCUCUUCAGACACACAAGAUGUGUCAAAAGCAAAACCUGAAACAAGCAAUACAAGCAAUAAGCCCACUGCGAAAUGGAACCCAGUGACAGCCAAAGGCCUGGAUGAACGAGGCUUUUUAUGA